AUGUGCCUGUGCUGUAGGGAGGACGACGCUGUCCAAGUCAACGCCGAAGGCUCAAAAUGGCAUCAUCCUUCAGACGUCACUGAAAGGCAGUCCACAGAUAAACGUAUAGAGCGUAUGCAAAACCUAAGGAAACAGAAGAGGAAAUUUAGUAAACGGUUUUCAAGGCCUGCCCCUGUUCCAGAACCAGGACUCCUAUGGACAUAAAGCUGAAGUCUGUAUGGAAGAAAUCAUGCCAGACCAAAAUAUGC